AUGCCUCCAGUAAAACCCAACAGACAUAAUACCCAUAACGACUCUUUCACGCAUCACAUAUCGCGCCAAAUUUUUACUAGGCGGUCUGAUUUCCCGCAACAUUUCACGACAAUAUCCGAAGCUCGUAAUGCGGAGGCAAUUUGCAAAUUCGAUUGGAUAACAGAAUUUAAGAUAAAAGAAUUAAUUGAUUAUUCCGAUGGUUUACUUGAAAUUUCGAUAUUACCAUCAUUUUUCUUUGAAACAUACAACCUUGCGUUUCCGCAGAAUAAUUCGAAAGAUAGUUUGGGUGAUGUUCUAAAAUCAACGUACCCAGAAACAUUUGAAACCAUGAAGUUUGAAGAUCGUGAAUAUAUUUUUUCAAUUCUUUCCCUUACGGUUAACAAUACCACAUCUCAAUCUGGUAGUAACUUAAAUAUCAAUAAUAUCAAUACUUUAUUGUACGACUGUAAUUACCGAAGUCGUUAUUACUCCUCACAUCGUUAUUGUGACGAAAUCGAUUCUGAUGUAACUUCGAUGGACUUGGAUUCGGAUGAAAACGGAAGUUGGACCGAGGAAGUAGAAUGUUCUGGAUUUUCGGGAAAAGUUGUAUCCUCUGAAAAAAAGAAUAAUGGAUUACAUGAGACACAUAGAUGGUUUAUAUUAUUGGUGAAUGGUUUUGUCUAA